AUGGCCUUGAGCAAGCCUCUGUCUUGUUUGGCUCAUGGUUGGGACAGGAUCGGUCUCAUCCAUAUUGACCAGCGAGUCCUGGUAAUUGUAGUGGACAUCAUCGGCCUCCUCUCAACUCGUCCACUGUACUUUCAUAGGACCGUCACUAUUUCCGGGACGCAGGAAGAAGGGAGGAACAUGUCCCGGAAGCUUGGUAACGUUGAAGCUUUAGUAUCCUUUUCAAUAUUUAUGCUUGCCAAUAUGAUAUUUCAUCAUCAUCUACAAUCAUAUUCAGUAGUGAUUCUUAAUACUGUGUUAAAACCUAUUGACAUUAUGAGAGUGAACGUAUUAAUUUUUCAAGGCUUGGAUUAUCAAGUGAGCAGUGAGAGGAAAAUUAAAGAAAAUGAAUUUGACGUGAUAGUGGAUGGCAGAGGCUCGGGAUCAGAUAUGAAAUUGGCGAUACCUUUGCUCGCUAAUGUCGAUCGCUUUUGCAUAUUUGGCAUUACUGAUCAAAAAGCAAAAGUUACGAUUGAACCUUAUCGGUUUUUUUUUAGCAUCCAUAUAAAUCCGUUCACAUUCCUAAAUGUAUUACUACAAUCUAUGUCAGAUACUUAUCUGCAAUAUAAUAACUUGGGAAUAAAGAUUUUCAAGCUUUCCGAGUACUCAGAAGUAUUACAAGCAUUGAAAAAGGGCAGUAUAAGCAAGUCUGUUUUUAAAUUAUAAAAAUUCAUGUGUGCGCGCGUUCU